AGCGUGCGGCUGUAACCUGAGGAGGUGAAGUCUGUAGAUCCGCCCUGUGUGGUGUGUAAAUGAUAGUGGACUGGUCUCUUUCACUGCCAACGCGCCCAAACAAAAACUACAAAACAUCUCACAACAAAGAUGAAAAUAUGGCAGCUGAAAGAGCAGGUUCUUUCCGCCGUGUCGGGAGUCUCAUGCGGAGCAAAUCUGAGGGCACAUUGAUUGAUCUUGAUGACAGUAGUCCAACCAGCAAGAACCUGAAUGGCGGAUAUGUUUCACAAACAAGAAAAAACUCUGAGUGGCCACUUCUACAUCCAGAGGUUACACAUGCUUCUCAGACAAAAAAUCCUUUUUGGGACAAACUGUCUGCAUCUAAUCCUUUCUUAGAUGAAAUUCUACACAGAAGUGCAGAAAAACAUAUUUCUUUGACUUCUAAUGUGAAUCAAGAUCCUGAAAAGACUGUGGACACAAAUAAUCAUGAUGCCGUAAGUAUUUGUUCAGACGAAGGCAAUGUGGGGAAUUUUUUGGAGAGCAAACACAAACCCUCCAACAGAUCUGGGAGAUGGAAGAGUGCUUCAGACAUUUUGGAUGACUUGGAGAGAAAUGUGCCAAACCAGGAGAAUAGCAUCAAACCACCUGGUCUAGUUCUGAACCCAGAUUUUGAGUGGCUUAAAAAUGACAGAGAGGCCUAUAAGAUGGCCUGGCUGAGCCACCGACAGUUAACCCGGUCGUGCCUUGAUUUGGGUGUGAUAAGCCAAAGUCUUGGGUGGGCUCAGACACAGGCAACUGACUUUCAGGUUAUUAGCAAGAUUGGCCACAUGGGAGGAUUGGUGAAGUUGCCAGACUCUGUGUUUAGCAUGCAUUUUCCAGAAGGCCAUGUUUCUCCUGGAGAGAUCCAGGAAGUGACACUGAAAGCAGCACUAGAUGCCCCUCCUGGACUCAACAGCAACUACAUCACAACUCUGAGUCCACUUAUAGAAGUCAUGCUCAGCAACAUCAACACAAAAGAGAGCAUCGGUGUGGAGAUGAAGUUGUCUGGAGAGGUUAAGAGAGAUUCACUAAGCCAGGUGAUGACAACUGUUGUGGGCCUAGUGUCCAACAAAAGAGAGGGACCUUAUGCCAAAGUGAAGGACUGUUACACUGAAAAAAAUGUCAUGCAUAUGAAGUUACAGGACCUGAAGACACAUUUUUUUGUUACUGCUAUUGCAGAGGCUUCAGCUAUCCAGUCCCCUGCCAAAUCAGUCUGGGAUUACCUUGACCGCCAAAUCACUGUAGCACUUUAUGGUCCCAGAUACAUCCAUCCAGCUUUCAAGGUUGUAAUAGUUGUCUGCUGUCAUGACAUUCCAACAAGACUUCCAUUUUCAGAUAUCUGCAAAGGCAACAAAAACCUGCCUCCAACUGUACUACAGCUCUGGGGAAAACACCAGUUCAAACCAGACAAAUUUAACUUGAUUAUUAUGAGUAGUGUCACAGGCUCUAUGUUUAAAAUUAAAGAUGAGGACAAAAUGAAAGACGUGAGAGAAAGUCAACUCAAAAUAGGGACAGUUUUGCAUCUACCAGUUGCAUUAUCUUCUACUGGGAAUGCAGAUUUGGUUCCUUUUAAACUGGACUUGCAUCUGAAGGAUUCAAAUGCUGUAACUGUGACACAUUUCCAAGUGCCUUCUCCUGUUGCUGCACCUGUUCGAUUAGAAAGGUGUGCACCAAGGGCAAUGGAGAGGCAAAAUGACAUGCAGAAAUCUUUGCCAAUUCCUGAAGAAAGUGUUCCAGAUCUCCCCAAGUUUCAGAAGAGAGUUGUGAACUUGCAAUGGUAUGGCGUCGCCCUAAAAUCUGUUCUCCGUCAGCCACGUGUAGAGUACCUCCUGGAGUACUUCAAGGGGGAAACGGUGGCUCUUCUCUCCAGGGAAACUGUUAGGUCAGUGGGCAACUCAAAGGUAAAGGAGUGGUAUAUUGGGUUUCUCAGAGGUAGGACAGGUUUGAUUCACUGCAAAAAUGUCAAACUCAUAACUAAAGAGCAGGUGAUAGACUUCACUGGUAUUCAACUCACAACUGAGGUCCUCUUGGAUAACAUGACGCUGCCCUUUAAUAAGCUUACUUACAUGUACUCUGCCAUCCAGACAAUGGUGACAGAACACAUAACUAGCUGGAGAGGUUUUGCUGAUGCUCUAGGGUACUGCAACGUAUCACUUCAUGCAAUUACAUGGAGACAAGCUGAAACAGAGGCUGAUAAGGUGGCUUGUGUCCUGGAAAAGCUCAAAGAAGACUGCCAUGCUGAGAAGAUCAAGAAAAAGUUCCUGCAUGAACUCAUGGUUGGUCUGUUGAAAAUGGACUCUGUUAAUCUUGUGGCCCAGCUGAUUCAGAACACCGUCAUUUUGUCUACGGCAGUGGAGUUAGGAAAUCGCUGGCGGGAGGUUGCUGAGAAGAUUGGAAAAUUGUCCAGUGCUCAAAUAGCCAGUUUUGAGGCACCACACAGAGGGAAAAAUGGUGAAGUCAGUCCCCAGUCAAUGUGGAAACCUGCCUACGAUUUUCUCUACUCAUGGAGUCUGUGCUAUGGAGAGAGCUACAGGGACAUGAUCCAGGAGCUCCACCUGGUCCUGGAUAAAAUGAAAAAUCCUGCCACAAGACAGUGGAGGCAGCUGACUGGUGCUCUCGUCACUGUGAAUUGUCUUGAUAUCUUUCGAGCCACUGCAUACCCAAAAAUCUAAACCUUUUCUAAAUAUGCAGGAG